AUUAUUUUUGUUUUUCUUAAAAUUUUAAAUUCUCUUUCUCCGUCAUCGUCCACUGUCUCUCUUAAGGUUGCAGAGAGAGAGAGAGAGAGAGGGAGAGAAGAUAGAGGGGGUAGAGAGAGUGUGGGACUCACCUCGACGACCUGCGAGCCCUGAAACCAAAGCUUCUUAGGGUUCAGUAGACUGCAUCGCAACCCACAAAAGUUGUGAAUGAUGCCAUCAAAACCUAAAAAUGACAAUCAGCAGUUAGAGCAGGGUGCGCAGAAUGUGUUGCAAUCAACUGCGUUUUCUCAACCUUGGUGGCGGACGGUGGGGAGUGAUGUACCCAUGAGUGAAAGCACUCCAAAAUCAUCUUUGGUGGAACACCAAAAUGGUUCUCUCCUAAAUGGAGCUAUGCAGUCACAAACUAAUGAUGGUAAUAGUGGACUGGAGCACCAUGUCAAAGGUGUUCCAUCAUCAACACCUCAAACAGUGAACGAACACCUUGAUCCAAAUUCCCAAAUGGAACUUGUUGGUCACUCAAUUGUUCUGACAUCAUAUCCUUACGGGGAGCCACAAUAUGGUACAAUGUUGACUCCGUAUGGGCCACAACCUAUGGUACAUCCUCAAUUAUUUGGCAUGCAUCCUGGCAGAAUGCCUUUACCACUUGAAAUGGAGGAGGAGCCUGUUUACGUGAAUGCCAAGCAGUAUCAUGGUAUUCUGAGACGAAGGCAGUCUCGUGCCAAGGCUGAGCUGGAAAAGAAAGUGAUAAAAGUUAGAAAGCCGUAUCUCCAUGAGUCUCGUCACCAGCAUGCUAUGAGAAGGGCAAGAGGCUGUGGAGGCCGUUUUCUGAAUACAAAGAAGUUGGAAAAUGAUGUGGCCAAUUCCACAUCAGAAAAGGGAACAAAUUCGGAUGCAAGCCUUUCAGCACAAUGUGUCAAUGGAUCUGGCUCUAAGCGUUUUUCAUGCACCAGUGAUGGGAAUUUGGAUUCCUCUAGUGAUCAGCAGCAAGGGAUAAGGUCCAGGGUUCAAGAAAUGCAAAAAGCACAAGCUUUCUCCUAUGGUAACGGCAAUGGCAAUGGCCUGUCAUCAACAUACCAGACACAGUUUAGCGACGGCAAGGAGGGUGACUGCCUGGGUCGGCAGAGGGAGAGCAUGCGGCUGAACAGCUCCCCACAUGGGGCCAUCCCAAUUAAGUGAGGUUCUUCAACGAGGAUAUGGGUCCCCCAGCAUCGGUUUAGCAGUGAAGCUAAGGUAUAAGCCAACUGAAUUCAGCUUGUGGGGAAGCCUUCCUUGUGGGAAUAUGUCUAUACCAGGCAAUUCAUUCUUGGCUUUGGAUACUUACUGUUUUAUCAGGGUGAAAUGAAGGGUGGGAUAGGCACUUGACCCCAAUGCAGUCCUUCAGUCUCCCACUAGAACAUUCACCCUUUCUGUAUAAAUACUAGAGUAACAUUAGCAGGAAAACUGUUGUGAAUGAGCAGACAAAGAACCCAUUUAGAUUUUAUUGUUUCGAAUAUGAAAGUGUGUAAACUUGAUCUCUGACAUGAGAGUUUGCUGCCUCUAUUUUCUGUCUUUAAUUUUAACAUGAGUUCAAAGUUGACUCU